UUUGACAUACUCUAGAUCCGCCCCUGAUUUUCAGAGUUGCUCCGCUGUUUCGCGAGGCUUUCCGAUCUUAAAAAUAAGAUACUUAGCUUUUCUACUGAUUGACAUUUUUUGUAAACGUUUGUUGUAAGCGAAUAUGAAUAUGCCGAAACUUCAUUUUGCAACACAUGUAUAAUAUCAUUGUGCUUAUUGAUGGACUACCCUAAAGCCCAAUGUAGAUGGGAAGACGCACCGAGAUAUUCAUUUAAGGUAGUAGUUUUGGGUUCAAAAGGUGCGGGCAAGACCAGCCUUUUAAAACGACUCAAGUUUGACAAGUUCGAAGGCGCUGCUUCUAAUACUAUCGGAGCAGAUUUUUUAACUCACACCAUCAACACUGACAAGGACAUGGUGCAGUUAACGCUGUGGGACACUGCUGGAGAAGAGAGGUUUAAAUCUUUGACUAGUCAAUUUUAUAGAAAAGCUGAUGCGGCCAUAAUUGUGUUUGAUUUGACAUUUGCAAGAUCUUUCAAUGAAGCAAAAGAUUAUUGGAUUGAUGCAUUUAGAAAGGUUGUUGGAAGCUCGGCUUAUAUUGCUCUUAUUGGAAAUAAAAGUGAUCUAGAGACAAAACGUGAGGUAGAUAGCGAAGAGUUUAAGGAGUUUGCUGAUCUUAAAGGCAUUUAUGCAUUGGAAACCAGUGCAAAGGACGGUACUAAUGUCCAACAUCUGUUGGUAUAAAUGACCUCAUUACUGGCACAAUGAUUGAUGAUGUUUUCUUCACUUUUCAAGUCAUUGGCGUCAACUGAGAAGAUUUUGAAUGUUCGGAGACUCUAAGGCCGGUAUUCUAAAAGCUCACUCACUCAAACUCAUCUCAUAAAUAUCCGAACAAUGCAUUUUUACUCUACCCAUUGAUUACUUUAAAAUAUUUUUGUAAAACUCUUGCCGUCCAUGUAGAAAUGACUUUGCCUUUGAUUAGAGAGAGCGCAGUUUUUAUGUCCCCCUCAGUGAGCGUGAGUGUGAGUGAGCUUUUAGUGAGCAUGAGUGUGAGCGAGCUUUUAGUGAUUGUGAGAGUGAGUGUGAGUGAGCUUUUAGUGAGCGUGAGUGUGAGCGAGCUUUUAGUGAGUGUGAGUGUGAGUGUGAGUGUGAGUGAGCUUUUAGUGAGUGUGAGUGAGCUUUUAGUGAGCAUGAGUGUGACUGAGCUUUUAGUGAGUGUGAGUGAGCUUUUAGUGAGCGUGAGUGUGACUGAGCUUUUAGUGAGUGUGAGUGAGCUUUUACAAAACGGACGUGACUAUUUGUAAAUUGCUGUUUUGGUUCAUAUAUAUUACAUGAAUUCUAGCAUUUAAUGUCAUAACCAUAUAUAUAUCUUAUAUUACACGGUCAUAACAAUGGAUCACUGAUCUCGAAAUAGGACUAAUUCGACAUGGAAAAAGUUAAAUAAUAAAAAACAUUGGGCACCCCAUA